AUGGCAGAAGAAAACCAAUGGAUACUGGACGCCCUCGAUGGUCAGUCUCCCUAUCUACCUACCUGGUUCCCUAACGCCCAGCAGCGUCGUCAAAGAAACUGUACUCGCAAGGACCAAGCUAACAUUUCCUCCAUCGUCAACAGGCGUCCUCCCCGAACAAACGGUUCAACACUCCUCAACGGCACAGUUGCGGCGCUGUACCCCAUCUUGCAACCGAUACUGGUGCGCGUUGGCACGAUGCUGUCCGACAGCCCAGACUUUGUCUUUGUCCUCUCGCUUGUCGCCAUCUUCUUUGCCGUCCUGCAGACCCUGCUGUGGGUGCACCGCAUCAUGAUGUUCUGGACCCGCCUGCUCGGUCGUCUGCUGCUGUGGAGUCUGGUGGCUGCGGUCCUCGCCAUGGCCUGGCAGAGAGGCCCCGAGGCCGUCAUUCGCGAUGCUGUCGUGUUUGUGAGCAAGGCCGCCGGCUACGCCGCCUUGGUCAAGGACAUUUGGCUGGCCGAGUACAACAAAUAUGAUGCACAAACCAAGAACAGCGGGAGAAAGGUUGGUGCCGGCAGGAGAGGUGGAAAAUAA